AUGGAUACGUUAUCAUUUAAGGGGCACUGUUUAUCAGCCUUCCUACUUAGAGUAGCUUUAGUAAUUUACUCGAAUUAUCACGAUAAAACCUUCAAUGUUCCAUACACUGAUGUGGAUUAUAAAGUAUUUACCGAUGCUGCGAGACACAUGGUAGAAGGGCAAUCGCCAUUCGAACGCGAUACUUAUCGUUAUACGCCAUUGUUAGCUUUGCUUUUGACGCCAAAUAUUUUUCUACAUCAAAAUUUUGGAAAGAUUUUAUUUUCUUUUGUUGAUAUUUUGAUAGCAAUCUUGAUCAAAAGAAUUCUAACGUUCCAAAACUGUAGCGAUAAAUUGAAAUUAAUUUGUGCCAUGGUAUGGCUGUACAAUCCUUUCACGAUUAUAAUUUCGACCAGAGGAAAUGCAGAUUCGAUGGCGGUUCUUUUAGUCAUGUUGACUUUGGAUUCGUUUCAGCGAGAUAAAUUUAUUCUAGCAGGUUUAUUGCACGCUGUCUCGAUUCAUUUUAGAUUAUACCCUAUAGUGUUCAGUCUACCGAUGUAUUUUUCGCUUAACGAAAGAUAUAGUUUGAUACCGAAUAAAAAUCAAUUAAGGUUGGUACUCAGUUGCGUGGCUUUAGUAGCUCUAUUAACUAUCGUCAAUUAUUAUUUCUAUGGGUAUAAGUAUCUUUACGAAAGUCUUAUUUAUCACAUGAUACGUAAAGACACGAAACAUAAUUUUUCUGUUUAUUUUUACAUGCUAUAUUUAUCUGCAAAUCAUCCACCUAGCUUACUCCAAAAAAUGUUCACAUUUCUGCCACAGCUAGUGCUGCUUCUGAUGUUGUCAUACAAAUAUUCGAGUAAAUCUGAAUUACCGUUCGCGAUGUUCACGCAAGCCAUGGUAAUGGUCACUUACAAUCCAGUAUUAACGUCGCAAUACUUUUUCUGGUUUUUAUCUCUUUUACCAUUGUGUCUCCCACAUUUUGGAUUAAGCGUUAAGAGAUCGUUAUGUCUGUGUUUUGCUUGGAUCUUAAGUCAAGGUCUCUGGCUAUCGGCAGCUUAUUUGUUAGAAUUUCGAGGGAUAAAUACUUUUACGUUUAUUUGGAUUUUUAGUUUACUGUUCUUCGUCGUCAAUGUGAAAAUAUUGAACGAUAUUAUUAUGUAUUACAAACGGUAGAUAAAAAUUAGUUUAUUAUUGAUAGGGUAGAUCUUUAUAUUUAAUCAGUUAUAUUACUCAAAUACGAAAUAUAUCAUCCAUUCAUUGUAAUCAUUACAAGGAAAAAUUACUGAAUAAAGCAUUUUGAAAAGUA